AUGUGGAGGUAUAUUGCUGGGGCAUCAAACCCUAAUGAGAAAGGAGGACAAACACAGGAGAAGAAAAGGGAGUACCAGCAGGAGUAUGAGACAAACAAACGAGUAAGACACUACUGCAUUACUUGGGAGAAAAGCAGGCCAUGGUUGAAAGACACGGAGAAUGGUAUGAUCUGUACUGCGUGUAAAGAUCAUGGGGACACGACAACACUAUUUGCAGUUGGCUGUCAGAGCUAUAAACUUGACAGUUUAGUAAAGCAUGAAAGAUCCAAACAACACGAAAAGGCUGUCCUUUUUGCCAAUGCUAAAACACAACCUCGAACAGAAUCUCAGGCUGCCAAGAUCAUACAGACACUAAAUGCAGACAUUUUUGAGAAACUUGAAAAGAUGUUCCGCACUUGCCAUGCUCUGGUACGCAACAACCGACCUCUGUCAGAUUUUAAUUGGUUGUGUGACUUAGAUGAGAUGAAAGGCUUGCGACUUGGAGAAACAUACCACAACACACCUGCAGCCAAAGAGUUUAUCAAAGCUAUUGCCGAAGUGCACUUUCAAGAAGUCAACCACAUUAUUAACAAAUCGCGUUUUAUAUGUGUUAUCGGAGAUGGCAGCACUGAUUCUGCCAUUAAAGAACAAGAAAUGUGGUAUGUUCGUACGUCGACUGCAGGCCAAGUAGAUGUCAAAUUUAUAGGUGUAAAAUCUGCCGACAAAGCAGAUGCAGUAAAUAUUGUAAAUGGCCUUCAGGAUCUGGUAAUUACAAAUGUUGACAUGGAAUGGCCUGCAUUUAUGCAGAAAAUGGUAGCAGUAGCUUGUGAUGGAGCAAGUGUGAUGGUGGGAUGCAAGGCUGGCGUAGGGGCCCUUCUGCGCAAAGAUCAGCCAAGUUUGGUUACCCUUCACUGCAUGGCCCAUAGGCUAGAACUUUCUUUAAAAGAUGCAUCAAAGAGUUUGAAGCUGUAUGACAAGGCUAUCAAUACAGUUGCCAUGGGCCUGUAUUAUUUUUAUCACAAUAGCAGUCUUAAUCGAGCAAUGUUGCGACGCAGCUAUGAGGCUCUAAAACAAAACAAUGAUAGUGCUUUUCUCAUACCAACCAGAAUAGGUGGAACAAGAUGGAUUGGACAUACAAUGCGUGCCUUAACCAACCUCAUCUCGUCUUACAAGUACAUUAUGGCACAUCUUGGCCAGCUGACAGAGACCACAGAACGUGUUUCUGCUGACUCUAAAUCCAAGGCACACGCUUUCAUGAAGCUGCUGAAGUCGAAAGACGUCGUAUGUUUUCUCUUGUUUUUGAUGGAUGCUCUGGCACCCCUUCACCGUUUGUCAUUACAACUCCAGGAAAGGACAUGUGUGAUUGCCAAGCAGCAUUCAGCUAUAGCCUCAACAUUGGAAGCUAUACGAAAAUACAAGACAAGUGAUGGCCCACACCUGCGUAAAGUAUCUGGAAAAGAAACCUUUGAGGAAAUACAGCUCACCAACUGCAGUGCUUACGAAUUUGGUGCUGCCAGAUGUAAUCUGAUAAAGAAAAUCGAAGAGGCUUUGGAAAAAAGAUUUUCUGAGUUUUUAUCUCAGAGUGUUGUAUCAGCUACGAAGAUUGCAGAUAUCCAGAUGUGGCCACAUGACUGGGAAUCACUUAAAGAUCAUGGUGAUGAAGACCUUCGAAUUAUUCUUGAACACUUCAAGACAGUGCUGGGGACUGCCAGUGUAGACUUAGUAGAAAGUGAGCUGGAAUGGAUCAUACUAAAAAAGGAGAUACACGAUACUGACUUCCAAAGUGGGAAAGUCCCUGACUGGUUUUCUGUUAAUAUUCGCUACAAAGGGCAGCUCACCAAUAUUUUGGCUGUCAUGGAUCUUAUCCUAACCAUGUCACCUUCUAGUGCAGAGGCAGAGAGAGGAUUUUCACAACUGAAGCUUGUUAAAACAAAUAUACGCAGCAAACUGGGACAAACUUCUCUAAACCACUGUCUGGCUAUUAAAAUGCUUUCUCCUGACAUCAAAGACUUCAAUCCCACUAAAGCAAUCCACCAUUGGAAUGAAUCUUGUGUGCGCUCCAGAAGACCAACAUCAAAUGCCAACACAAAACAAUCUUCCUAUACACAGUCGCUUCAGGUGCUAGAGAAUAUUCAGGAGACCUUGGAGCCAUUGGAGGUCGUAGAGGGAUUUGAUUCACUACAGGAUUCAGAUUCAGAGAUUGACUCUGAAUCCUCUGCAUCUGAUCUAGAUGACAUAACUUUUUUUUGGGGGCCCAGACCUUGA